AUGCAGGACGCUAGGACCAGUGACAGCAUAGCGGCCCGUCAGUGUUGGGAGUGCUUCAAACGACGCCUGGUGUGCGAUCGCACCCUGCCGCUAUGCAGGAAAUGUACCAAGACGGGUAAGGAGUGCCCAGGAUAUAACGACCAGAAGCCGUUGCAAUGGGUGGAACCGGGACACGUGACGAUUCGUCCGAAGAAGAACAAGAAGGAAUGCCGGCCACCAACAUCCGCCAGAGCAGCAAACUGCGAGAGACUCGCACCCGUUAUUCCAAAUGGACCCCUCGCUGGUCCUGGGGUAUCUAGCGACGUAAGUCUACCAGAGGUCCUCGGACAAGGAGGGUGCCCGUGGCCGGUCUCCGAAGAGCUACAGCUUACCCCGGAGGCGAUCGAACUGUCCAAGAGUCAAGUUGCCAACCUAUUGGUGCAUCAAGAUAAACCAGCAUUGUGGCGCGACCUUGAAAUCGAGGAGCAGGUAGACCCCAUUGAGCUAAAGACUGCAAAGGCCGGAGCGGGCUGUGGGGUGGGCGAACGCAUCAUGUGCAUUGGCAACAAAGACCAGAUCAAGGAAGUGGUAGAAAGAGGCCAACACUGGGAAGCCGCCCUCCUUCUGCAGUCAAAUCAGAGGCCUCUCGCGAAGAUACAGAGACUGCUGCAGAUCAUGGAGAUGAACAGGCUUCCAUCGUACAAUUUCUUGUCGGAUGAGACACACGAUGUGGUACAAGCUAUCAAUUACUGUAUGUGA